AUGCUACAGUUCGCGCAGUUCGAGAACAGACUGAAAGCAAUACGGAACCCACUUUACGUGCAGGUGUACGAGACGGACGACCCGCUGGUGAAAGAAUUUCCCAGGGUUGGGCUCGUUGGCCUGGCCCUGGAAGUGCAGGACGACGAGUGCCUGCGGGUGAUGGCCGAUGAGUUCCAGAACCCACGGGCCGGUUUCAUGAACCACAUCUACUGGGAGGACUUGGAGGAGCCGGGCGACAGGCUGAAUGCGCAGAUGAAGCCGAGGGGGAGGAGCCUGAUGCGUGUACAGUAA